AUGCUCAGAAUAAUCGCUAGUCACCCUUUGGUUCCGAAGAAAUGGAUUUGUAAGAGAAAGCUCGGGACUUACUAUGAUUCUUCGUCGUUCGUCAAAUAUGGCGGAAUCGGCGAUGAUUGUAAGAAGCAGCUGGUUCUAAGGGUUUCCGUUAAAGCAAUGAAGGAUGAAGGUAACGGCGGAGGAAGUAUGAGUUUCUCCGGACAAAGCUGGGACCCAAGCUCGGAGAUAGAAGUUCCUUCAGACCAAAGACCGGUGAACGAGUAUUCGUCUUUAAAGGAAGGGAUGUUGUAUUCAUGGGGAGAGUUGGGUCCAAGCCAAUUCUUUCUUCGUCUUGGUGGUCUUUGGUUGGUGACUUUCACUGUUCUUGGAGUUCCUAUUGCAGCUGCUAGCUUUAACCCUUCUAGAGAACCUUUGAGGUUUGCUCUAGCUGCAGGGACAGGAACCUUAUUCCUGGUCUCAUUGAUCGUCUUGAGAAUUUACCUCGGAUGGAGCUAUGUUGGAGAUAGACUACUUUCUGCAGUUGUGCCAUACGAAGAGAGUGGAUGGUAUGAUGGACAAAUGUGGGUGAAGCCACCUGAGGUUUUGGCUCGUGACAGGUUGUUAGGUUCUUACAAGGUGAAGCCAGUAAUCAAGAUGCUGAAACAAACAUUAGUUGGAACAGGAGCUUUGCUUGUUUCAGCGUUUGUGCUGUUUGUUUUUGCAACACCAGUCGAGGAUUUCUUUAAAACCGCUCUAAGAUCUAAGGAUUAUCAACCGGAAGUUUCCAUUUCAAGAAGCAACAACAGCAAGUUCAAUAUGAGAAAAGAACAAUUGCUUCGGUUACCUGUAGAUGUUAAGACCGAUGAUGACUUGGCAGCGGCUGCAGCUGAGGCUGCUGAUGGAAGACCGGUCUAUUGCAGAGACCGUUACUACCGUGCAUUGGCCGGUGGUCAAUACUGCAAAUGGGAAGAUCUUGUUAAAUAG